AUGUCCAAAAGCAAACUAUCGUCACUGUAUAACCAUGGUACUACCGUCUCCUUAAAUGCCAAUAGAGGCACAACUGCCAUUGGCAGGGUUUUAUUCAUUUUUACCAGUUUUAUCAGAUUGGCUCACUCGAUUCCAGUUCAUAUUAACAGUGCUUCGACUGCUGCUGCUUCAUCAAAAGAUGGUUCAGUUGAAGUUGCUCAAACUCCAGAACAAUUUUAUGUCAAUUUAUUUACAUCUGCUUUUCUUGUUUUGGCUGGUGGUGUAUUUGCAGGCUUAACUUUGGGGUUGAUGGGACAAGAUGAAGUUUAUUUAAAAGUCAUUUCGUCUAGUGGUGAACCAUCUGAACAAAAAUACGCGAGAAAGGUUUUACGAUUAUUGGGAAGAGGUAAACAUUGGGUUUUAGUUACGCUAUUGUUGUCCAAUGUCAUCACCAAUGAGACUUUGCCUAUCGUCUUGGAUCGUUGUCUUGGAGGAGGAUGGCCGGCAGUUGUUACGUCUACAGUGUCAAUUGUCAUUUUUGGUGAAAUCAUUCCUCAAUCCAUUUGUGUUCGAUACGGUUUGCAAGUGGGAGCAUUGUUCUCUCCGUUUGUUUUGUGUUUGAUGUAUCUUAUGUACCCAGUUGCUUAUCCUUGUGCGUUGUUGUUGGAUCACAUUUUGGGUGAAGAUCACGGUACCGUUUACAAAAAAUCAGGAUUGAAAACCUUGGUCACUUUGCACAAGACUAUGGGUGUAGAACGAUUAAACCAAGAUGAAGUCACCAUUAUUAGUGCUGUUUUAGAUUUAAAAGAAAAAUCAGUUAGUUCAAUAAUGACACCCAUGGAUAGAGUGUACACAAUGAGUGCUGAUACGAUAUUGGAUGAAAAAACAGUGGAGGAAAUUUUCAAUGCUGGGUUUUCUCGUAUCCCUAUUCAUUUACCUGGAGAGCCCGAUAAUUUUAUUGGUAUGUUUUUAGUUCGUGUUUUGAUUAGUUAUGAUCCAGAGGAUGCUUUGCCUGUGGCAGCUUUCCCCUUGGCUACAUUACCUGAAACUGGUGUUGACACUUCAUGUUUGAAUAUCCUAAACUAUUUCCAAGAAGGUAAAUCACACAUGAUUAUUAUUAGUGAAACACCAGGUGAACCAACGGGAGCAAUUGGUGUAUUGACAUUGGAAGAUGUUAUUGAAGAAUUAAUUGGUGAAGAGAUCGUUGAUGAAUCUGAUGUCUAUGUUGAUAUCAACAAGAAUAUCAAGAGAAAACAGCCGGGUCCAUUGUCCAAAAGACAUCUUACUUCAUAUUUGCACAAUUUGUAUCAAAGAGGUGGAGCUACUGCUUCGAAAAGAAAUUCUUUGGAAUCUCAAGAUCCCCCGUCAGAUUUGCUUUCAAGAUUGGAAAGGCACGGAUCUCAAGCAACUGUUAUCUCCUCAACACCAAAGAAUAAGGGUAGUAGUGUCAAGCAGCACGGUGACCAUGAGUCAACUGCUACCGGUGUAACAACCAAUAAUGGGCCAUCUGUCAUGACUGGCAAUUCAGCAAUAGCCAAUGCUGCUGCUGCUGCCAAAUGGAAGAUUCAAAACCCGGCAAUGAAUCCGUUAGAAACUAGUAGAAAAUUUGUCACCAUCAAGAGACCUGAUCAAGGUAAACUUGAAUCUGUUGCCAAAGCAGCUUCACCAGCACCUCCAACACAGCCACAAUCCAUUGAUAGGAAUAAACUAGUUGGUCAAGUGCAUACUACAGAACAAGGAGCUAUUGAUGAAGCACAAAGAAGAUCGGUUGAGUUGCGAGAUAGCACAGAUGACAAGUCAUCAAGUCGAUUCUUGUUGCCAAAUGAAAGAGAAGCAGAUGUGUCGGAAUUACCUGAUGGUGAUAAAGACCACCACAAACAUCAUGAUGGACAUGUCAACAUACCAAUACCGACAGCUUCAACAAGAUUAAAUGGCGAUGGGUCUGGUAUAACCAUUACUGAACAUCAAGAAUCAAGAUCUUAUAGAACUGGAGGUAUCAUUGAGUCAGUAGUCAAUGUCGAUGGUGUUCACAAGACUAUUAUUGAAAAUGUAUCUGACCAUGAUGAUGCUGCUGAUGCUGAUGGUGUUGAUGCAUUGGAAGCGGCCAGUGUCUUGUCUGAUCAGCUGAAAAAGAAGCACAGGAAAAAGAAACCAAGAAGAACAAGCUCUACCAGAUCUGAUUCCUUUAGUAUGAGCAAAUUCAGUGGUGAUGAAGAAGAGAGUAUUUCUUUGUUGAAUGGUGGUGGUAACAACAGUAGCAGACAUUCAUCCGGAAGUGAUAGCAGCAAAGCAAAGAAGAAGAAUCGAAGAUUGAGUGAUCAUGAGUAG